GUGGUUUUAUUUAACCGAAUAAUGUCAAAGCGUGAUUUAGAUGAGUCAGAACCUGACGAAAAUAAUCAAAAUAAUAAGAUAUUAUGUGUUGAACAAGAAAGAUCUCAAGUUUGCAUAGUUAAUAUAGCUGAAAAUGAAAUAGAUUCAUCAUCAAUUGUGGAUAAUUUAGAUUACGUGAUUCACUUGAGAAAUUUGUGCCCAAAUAUUACAGAAAAAGAAAUAGUUCAGUUAGCUUUCCCAUUUGGAAAAGUAAAAAAAUUGAUUUUAUUGAAAGCAAAAAAUCAAGCAUUUAUUGAGUUUUUUGAUCCUGGUGCUGUUACCAAAAUUUUGGAUUUUUUUUCACACUCUACAAAUGAAACCUCUCUAAGGGGUUAUAAAAUAUAUGCACAAAAUUCCACUCACAAACAUCUUGAUACUUCACAUGUCCCUCCAGCUGCAGCGUCUUUAGCAGAAUCCAUAAUAAAUACUCUUAAUUCUUUAUAUGAUGCAAAUUCCACCCAGGAAACGCCGACCAAUAUACUUAGAAUUAAAUUUGAUGGAUAUAUUCCUAUUUUAAAUUUGAAUAUAAUUCAUCAGAUAUUUAGCAAAUAUGGAGAAGUUCAAAAAAUUAUCACAUUUACUAAAAACUAUUCAUUUCAAGCCUUUGUCCAAUAUAUGUCUUCGGCCUUGGCCCAAAUGGCGAGAUUGAAUUUAUGUGGUUUAAAUAUAAAUGGUUGUAUUAUUUCGAAAAUCGAUUUCUCUAAAUUGAACAAUUUAGAAGUCAAAUAUAAUAACGAUAAAAUGCGAGAUUACACUUUGCACCCCAUGAAGGAUCAGGCUAAUGGCGUUAAUUCAAGCAAAAACUUUUUGCAUCCGAAGAACGGGGAAGGUGAGCAAUCUUUGAGAUUUCAUGCCACUAUGGAUAAUCCCAUGUUGCAAUAUUCAAAUAUGCUAAAUCAACCAUAUACUAUUAUUUCACCUUUUCCUGGUAAUAUGGGUCACCUAAUUCCAUCAAAUCUGGCUUUGCAAAAUGUUUUUGGGCAACCUUUGAAUCCUAACUCUAAUAAACCUAUGAUUAUCAACCUCGAUGCAUUAAAUCAAUCUCCCAUUGUUUUUAAAAGUGAUCAUAUAGGCAGUGUUAUAAUUGUUAGUAAUCUCAACGAUCAGAAAGUGACUGCAGAUGCACUCUUUAUCCUGUUUGGUGUGUAUGGAGACGUCUACAAAAUAAAGAUAUUAUAUAAUAAACGAGACACUGCUUUAAUUCAGAUGAGUAAUCCUUCACAAGCCCAUUUAGCUAUAAAUAAUCUUGACAAUCUAAGAAUGUAUGGCAAAAAUAUUCGUGUUUCAAUAUCAAAAUACCAAAGUAUUAAAAUGCCUAAGGAAAGCCAAGAAGAUGGAUCUUUGACUAAAGAAUAUAUAAAUUCACCUUUACACCGGUUUAAGAAGCCAGGCUCUAAGAAUUACAAUAAUAUUGUGCCCCCUUCUUCAGUAUUACAUUUAUCCAACAUACCAUUAGAUAUGGAAGAAAAUUUUGUAAGAAAUUUAUUUGACAAUUCAGGAUUUAAUGUGAAAGGAUUCAAAUAUUUUGUAAACGAAAAAAGAAUGGCCCUUAUCCAAUUAGACGAUAUUGAAGAAGCUAUAUCGGCAUUAAUCGCUUUACACAAUCAUCCAAUCAACAAUACUCAUAAUUUGAGAAUUUCGUUCUCCAAAUCGCAUAUUUAAUAUUUUUACCUCAGGAAAUCUCAAUGCAAAACUAUAUUUUUACCUCAGGAAAUUUCAAUGCAAAACUAUAUUUUUACCUCAGGAAAUUUUAAUGCAAACUAUAUUUUUCAAAAAUAUUUAUAAAUUUGAAAUAUACCUUUAUUUUAAAAUGACAUAUUUUUU